AUGCCGGCGAUAAGGGAUAUCGGAUUUGAGCGCCAAAUAACCUGCGGAAGCAGGGUGUUGCCUGCUGCUUGGGCCGCACUUGCACGUCUGGCUGUCGCAGCUGCCUCCCUAGUCCACCGCCGCGCCGCCGCAACUGACACUCCCGCCGCCGUUCUUCUCCCCCGCCCCCACAACCGCUGCCGGCACCGACGCGCUAAACCCCGUGCGGGGCCUCUCCCCAAGGCACUCGGCGGGUCUGUGGGUCGGAACCCCUCGGGCAGGUUCGUACUGGGCGUGGAGAACGUCGUCGUCGAUGUGGGUGCCGCUGCAAAGUGCGGACUGCGGCUGGGCCCACUGCCGCCGUCGUCGCCAACACCUCCACCAACAUCGCCUCUGCCUUCGACUAGCGGUGCUCCGGAACCAGAGCGCAGCUCUGCCGGCGCUGCAAACCUGGCCUUUCCAGCCCACGGGGGGGGCCCGGCGGCCGGCAGCGUCACCACGGCUGCUUCGACGGAGCCAUUUGGCGCUGGUGCAGGUGUUGCGGCGGCAGAUGCGGCGGGUGGGCCAGGGCGCCCGGUGGCCACCAUUGAAGCUGGCAGCCACUCCGAUCAUCUCCCGGUGCUCCGUUUGCGUGUGCUUGAAAGCCACGGCGACCAGGUGCUGGAGCUGCCCCCGGGGGCUUCAUUGCUGGCUGCCUCGGGUGCGGAGGCGCCGGGGGGUACUGCGGCGCAUGAGAUGUGGGCGCUGGGUGAUCGCUGUCUGGCAUUUCAGUUUCACCCCGAGUUGACGACGGAUCUGGUGUACGACAAAAUCUGGACGGCGCUGUCAGCAUCCGGGCGCUUGAGCCCCGAGGAGUCAGCUGCUGCGGAGGCGCAGCUCAAGGCCGGUUCCGGAGCUCUGGAUUCCGACCUUUUCAUCCAGGCGCUGAACGGCUUCCUGCGGGCACAACACCCCGAGCCGCGAUACCCGUCGACGUCCUGCGGGACCCGAGGACCCGAGGCAAGGGCAGCGGCGGAGGCAGCGGCAGCGGAGGCGACGGCGGCGGCGACGGCAGCGGCUGUGGCUGAGGCGGCUGCCAGCAACAGUGUGCAAGUUGCGAAGGAGCUUCGGCAGGGGCUGGAGAGACGCGCGGCGGAGGCGGCCGAGGAGGUGCUGGGUCACGUACGACAUGCGGCAGCCGCAGAAGGGGAGCUCUCAACUAAGCCAACUCAGACUCAUUCAAGUCCGCACGCAGGCAUGGCGGCGGGCACCGCCGAUGCAGAGCUGCUGACGGCGCUCAACCAGGAGGCCGCUGUGGCGUACGGCAGGGCUGCGGCGGCCGCCGAGGGAGCCUCCGCACACCUGGCGGAGGUAGUGGCGUCGCAGCAUGAGCCGCUGAAGGCCGCACUGGCCAGUUUGGGGGCACUGGAAGUCCAGUUGGACCGACUGGCGGCAGUGGUGGGCUCCCUGGAGCGGGAGAGUGCCGCUGUGGAGGAGCAGGUGGAGCUGCAGCCUAAGAUCAAUCCGCAAAUUCACACGCACGAUAAAUAUAAAAAGAUCUGGCCGCAGCCAGAGUACAAGUACCUGCUGGGCCGCUUCGUUGUGGACCGAAAUGGUGUGGUGUGGCACCGGCAGGCCAACUUUCGUCACCAGCGCUAUUGCAAAUCCGCCUCCCAGCUAACCAGACUCAAGCGCUGGAAGCCGCUAGCAAGCGCCUACGCCAAUAAGCUACGCCGCCUAGGGUUUUCGGAGCGGUAUUGGGCACCCCCCGACCCCCAGGACGAAACGGGUUGGCGACGAGAGUGAUGAAAUAAAUGCGCCGUGGAAGCGCCGGGCUCAUACGCCUGUGUCAUGCUAAAUGGCCGCGGAACACUUUGAAAUCUUCUAACGCGCUUGCCGUCCAGCUCGUCGGACUGCAUUGAGUCAUCUCGCAUGGAAAGAUCUACUUAGUUACGAGGUGAUCCCAGCGCCAUGUGGGUAUUGGAAGCCAGGUUUUGCAUUUUCAACUGGGCUCGGCACUCGAUUCUGGUCGGCAAUCCUUAAUUAUUCGAGCUAGGGACCUGACAGUCGACGAAGAGUGUUAUCAUGUAUUCAAUUGUAGCUUACCGAAUGAUCAAGACAUUAUUAAAGCAGGUAUGCUCAUGCGUUUUGCACUGCGAUUAACGGUUUUGGACUAAGGACUCUCUCAACGUGACGGCACGGUGGCCUCGUGCGCUCCGAGGGCAAUCGUUUCCCGAGUUUCCUGAAUACAAUGGUCCCCCCUGGCAGUAUUUUGAAGACAUCGACGAUCAUGCGUGCAUGUAUCAUAUUCGGACCGUGUAAGGUCUUUUGGCGGGUCCGGUGUUUCGCAGCGGCGAGCGCCGUCUGGAACGGUCUUAGUACAGCUUCAUCGUUGCCCAUUUACGAUGAUGCAGGAGUUUGAGCGGUGAACCAACUGAUGUGCUGCCUAUGUGCAGCGCAAAACGGACAUGCAUUCUUCGUGGUACUCUUGUGUCUUGACAAUGUUUGCGUUAUAGCAUGAGGGGGGCCGUGGUGUCUGGCCGGCUCUGUGCUCUACCUGCCGCACGAGUGGUAAUUGCAGUGCAUGCCAAGUAGUUGGGCAGGGCACUGGUAGAACCUCUAAUCCGGGGCCCUUGGUGGAGGAGCGGAGGCUUACACGCGGUCUUGAUGCGAGGGUUCGAGAGACAGGCUUGUGGGUGUGGCCUGUGGAGGGACACUACCAUGUUUUCACUAGGGAACCCGGACGAUGGAUUUUGAUGGGUGACUGCACACUGACGUUCGCACUGGUGUGGCCUUGGUCAGAUAUUCCAUGCCGGCCCUUCGGUGAGAAGAGAACGGGCCAAGGUUACAUAAGGCUUGUCUAUAUGUGGUCCAUACUUGUUCCAUAACAGCUCCAUCUCCGGCAUUUUUUUGACGGAGGAUUCCCAGUGAUUACGGCUGCGAUUGGGCUAUUAGAACGAGCUUGGUUGCUAGCUGUGUUCGAACCCUCGACGCAACUCUAACAGGCCUCUUUGAUUUGGUGGGUUCUGGUCCGCAUGUUGGCGCCUGUUCUCUAUGGGGACCUUGCCGCACUUUACCGUUUAUUAGUGUUGCGGUCAGGAGGUGCAACUGCGGUGGUUUGUGUUUUCGAUGGAUGGUGCAACUAUGGCAUGCAUGUACCCAUCCAUUAUUUAUGUACCCAUCACGCAAGCCCUUAGAUCCGUCGGGAUGUAAUUCGGUGUGAUGCCCUCUUU